CACUUGUUCAGCUUCCAUUCUCCCUUUCUGUCUCUACUCUCCUGACAUUCUUCUGUCCCUCUCUCUCUCUCUCUCUCUACCUCCUUCUUUAUCACUUCUAUACGCACUCAACCACAUCUCCCUGACAUUCCUCUGUCUUUGUCUCCGCCUCUCUUUCUCAUUCUUUAUCACAUCCCCACCCCACCCCACCACCUACUGAACCAUAUUUCCUUCACUGCUGACUGCUUCCCCAAUGUCGAUGGCCAAAACCUUGGACAAAUCCUUCAAAAUCGGAGAAACUGGGUUAGCUCAAAUGGGUUUCUCUCUACCCCAGCAGUCUAACGCAUCCCCACCUCAAUCAACUGAGCGGAGAGGCCGUAGAAAACAAGUGGAGCCAGGAAGGUUUCUCGGUGUCAGGCGCCGUCCUUGGGGCCGAUAUGCCGCUGAGAUCAGAGACCCUACAACCAAGGAGAGGCACUGGCUGGGGACCUUCGACACUGCUCACGAAGCAGCUCUGGCCUACGACAGGGCCGCCCUCUCGAUGAAAGGCACCCAAGCAAGAACCAACUUCAUCUACACUGGAAACACCACCUUUCAUUCCCUUCUCACACCUCUCGACGUUCAAGCCUUCUUACCACCAUCGCAGCUACUCACCAUCCCUCAACCUCAAACCAAACAAUCCACCAUCGACCAGAGCCUUCCAUUUCAGCCCGACCCCAGUGAAACUCCCCUCCAAUUCAACCAGGACGCGUGCAACAGUCCAGCGUCAAAUGAGUCUGUGUUCGACAAUAAUUUCUUCUUCUCUGCUGAUGACUCUGGUUCAGGCUACCUGGGGAGCAUUAUUCCUGAGAGUUACUUGCGGCCUCCUCCUUCAAACCCCACGAGCUUGAGCUCUGAAAAGAGUAGCUUUAGCGGCUGUUCAGAUAAGCAGACCUUUUGCUCGACGAACUCGAUUUUCACUAGCUCACCUCCGGAGAUUCAGUCUCACUACAACGACAGCGGAGCUCCACCACCAGAUAUAUUUGGUGGGUCAGCAACUGUAAUGAACUCCGAGAAUUUUCCCUACUUGGACGAGCUUGGUCAAGGCUUUUGGGCUGGUGACCUGCAGUCAUGGGAUCUCAGCUCCUGUGGGCUGAUUGCUGCAACAGACAGCAAACCUUUUAUGGUGGAAGACGAGUGCAUGGAAGCUCUGUAUCCCUUCAUGGACAGUCCUGGGUACGAGUUCCUGUCUCAGGCUACUCACAUAGAAACUUGCUCUCCAUCUUUUCCUCCGUUUACUGAUGUAAUAGACUUGGGUUACUCACUCUUUUGAGGAGAGUUUCCUCAUGAAGUAAGUACGUCAGUAGUCUGAACUUUCUCACACUAGUUUUUCACUUUUUCUUGCAUGUUUUCUGCAAUUAUUCUGUUGCUGUGAUUACACUGCAGAUCGUAGACUUCCAUCAUCUA